AUGCCAGGCCACAGGUUUUCCCAAGGUAAAACUGGAUGUAAGCAAGCAAUCCCAGCCCGGCUCAAACAGGCAUCAAGGUGGGAACCAGGGGCCAAAGGGGCGAAGGGCGCAAAGGACCCGGCGUGCAGAGGACUCCCGCCGCAGUCGCCGGGCUGGGUGCUGAGCGGCCACGCGCGCUCCUCCAGGGCCGUCACAGGAGACGUGGGGACAACGAUGGCCCCUGGGCGCGAGUCAGCUGAGGGGCUGUCUCGAAGGGACAGUUUGAGGAGACGGUUGGGGUGGAUCUGGGGUGACGCCCCGAAGGAUGGCUUGUCCUGGGUGACUGAGGAUUCAGUGGAUGGCGGAACUGAAGGGCUAGGACUGAAGAUGAGGUUGGUCCAGAGUGUCAAGCAAGACCGAAGGGUGGGGCUGACGGGACGAGGCGGGAGGGCUGAAGGGAAGGGAGGGCGCGCUAAGGACUGGAUAGAUGAGCGAGCUGAGGGCCCUUCUCCCAAGGGAUCACUUGGAACGCAAGGACGGCGGAUCUCCGGGAUCUCGCCUGCCCCAAAGACGCGUCCUACCUGGUUUCUCGCCUCGGCGUGGUCCUACCGCGCAGGCAGCGGCGGCGUCUCGCGCCCUGCAGGGGUAGCGUUGCAGCCGGGGACAAGCAGUCGUCCCCCUUCUCUCAGACAGCUUGGUAACGCCCGGUCCUCCCCUGCAGCUGUGGCGCCGAUGGUCCGAUCUGAAUUGCCCUCAUGCCGCCCCUUAGGAUGGCCCGUGUUUCGGCCCGCCGGGCCAGUGCGGGUGCUCGCCCACCUCCCGGCUCCCUCUGCAUUGAGCGCGGCGAGUCACGCGCAGUGCUUUCCCGCGAGGGCAGCGGCGGAGCUGCCGCCGUGGCCCCGCCUUCUGCGGCCUGCGCCCCGCCCCUUCUGUCGGCGGAGCGGCUGGGCUGUGCUGGAACCCAGAAAACCCUCGCGCGCGGCUUAA